AUGAUGUCACGAAUUUACGUCAUAUUUCCGCUAUUAAUCAAAAUUGUAAGUUGCCAUAUGCGAUUUAUAUCGCUAGGAAACUGGGGUACAAACUCUUCGCAACAAAAAACCAUUGCUGAGACGCUAAAAAAAGUUGUCUCCGAUGAGCAUAUAACAUUUUUCGUCAGUCCUGGGUCCAAUUUCAAACAUGGAGUUACCUCUACUCAGGACAUACUCUGGAAAAAAGCCUUUGAAGAUGUUUAUAACUCUACUGAUAAAUCUAUGAAUCUUCUUUUUUUUACCGUCAUGGGCUCAGGUGAUUGGCUUGGUGACUGUAAUUCUCAGGUGGCUCAGCCAAAUUUUAAUGGUAGCGAACCAAAUAAGAAUGCUAAUGAUAUUCAGAAUGGAUAUCCAAAAUGGACCAUUCCAAAUUAUUGGUACCACUACUUCACCCAUUUCACCACAACAGGCAAUACUUUGCUAAGUGGUCAUAAGGAUGUAGGUGUAGGAUUUAUAUUCAUUGACACAUGGGUUUUAUCCCCCUCUUUUCCAUUCAAUAAAAUACACGAUAAGGCGUGGUUGGAAUUGGAAACUACACUCAAAAUUGCAUCAAAGGUUGUCGAAUUUAUUAUCGUGGUGGGUGACAAACCAAUUUAUUCCUCUGGAUCUUCAAAAGGAGACUCAUAUUUGGAAAAAAAAAUGCUACCAUUGCUUAAAAUGGCUAAUGUUGAUAUGUAUAUUGCAGGGCAUGAUCAUGAUAUGGAAGUCAUUCAGAAAGAUGGAAUUUCGCAUAUAAUAUGCGGUACUGGCGGUUCAUACGGCAGAAAGUCGUUGAUUAAGAAUGAUAAAUCCAUGUUUUACAGUGAUAAAUCAGGGUUUUGUUUGCACGAGCUUAGUCUAGAGGGUAUAACCACCAAAUUCAUCAACGGCAACGAUGGCUCUGUACUUUACACUCACACACAGCCAAUCAAGACCAGAAAGGAAAUGAGCAAAGGGAAUGAAAUUAAGUAUUUAUCAAUGCUCCCUCCUGUUGUAUUAACCCCCAUUCCCACACAAGUCAUUGUGAAAGACGGUGAUGCUUUUGUCAAAAUUGUGGGUUCGAUAGGUAUUUUAAUUGCCUUGGGUUUUGCGACAAUAGCCGUUGCAGCCAAAACUGCCACUUGA